AUGUUCAGAUAUGUGGACCCCAAGCUGGAGGCAGUAUUUCCAGUGAAGGGCCCCAUGUCUGGUGGCACCAGGCUGACUAUGAGAGGGAAAGAUCUUAAUGCUGGCAACCUGGACAAUAUCAGCCUAACCAUGGGAGAGGAAAUGUUGCCUUGUAUUGUUGAUAGAAGUACAAUUGGCAGCCAUUCCACCAUUUGUACCACUCCAGGGGUCAGUAGGCCAAAUGUCGUGACCUCUGUCAGGAUAUUUUUUGACGGCAGUGUGAGAAUGCUGGAUCAGGGCCCCUUCACAUACACUGAGGACCCUGUGGUGGACAAGAUAGUGCCACUAACCAGCUUUGUCAGCGGAGGUCGGAUGUUGACAGUCACUGGGAGGUAUUUUGACUCAAUUCAACAGCCAAAGAUGUUUGUGUGGAACGGGAAGGAAAAGUCCCAAACAACGGAUUGUCUCCAUAUACCAGAAAUGUCCAGUACUACAUUAACAUGUCCAUCGCCAAGAGCGCCUAACGGGAUUCAUCCAACGCCUCCAGACACUUCAGGUUCCUUGCGCCUGAAGAGACAGUCUGAUAUCAAUACUAUCGCGAAGAUUGGCUUUAUAAUGGACGGAGUGUUGGGAGUGCAGAAUUUAACCAACAUCACUUCUUCUAUUCAAUAUGUUGUGGAUCCGUUGUUCCAGAAUUUGACCAGCGACGGUUCUAGUGUGAAAUAUCAAAGUAACACGAGCUUCGUAAUACGUGGACAUUAUCUCAACCUUGCCGCAAGCGAAGCAGAUGUGACUGUUCUGAUUGGUGGGUAUAACUGUGACGUCACGGGUUUGGCCCCCAGUGUUCUCGUCUGCUCACCGCCACAUUUUGACUACGGAGAUAAACUGGUAACUAUACGUAUGGGUAAUUUAGAGUACCAAGUGGGAUAUCUAAACUACGGGGAUCCUCCUGUAGAUCAUCCUACAGUCAACUAUGGCUGGGUAGCCGGGUUAAUUGUCCCUAUUGUUGCUCUAUGUAUAAUUGGAAUCGUAACCGGAGUCAUACUCUAUAAAAGACGUGCAAAAGGCGCUACCACCAAUCACAAAGGCACCAAUGACACGGAGACGCCUUGA